AUGUUCGGCGGUAAUACUGGCAUCUCCUCGUCGUGGGCGAACCCACAGCAGAACCAACAACAACAACAACAACAGCAGCAGCAGCAGCAGCAACCUAGCGCUUUUGGGCAACCUUCAGGUUUCGGUUCCGGGGGAGCAUUCGGUUCCUCUUCUACCUUUGGCCAACCACAGCAACAACCACAGCCUCAGGCUAACCCCAUGUUUGGCAAUCUUAGCAAUCCCAGCACUACCGGCACUAGUACUGGAUUCGGCGCUUUCGGUGGCACCAACACGGCCAACACUGGUGGCUUGUUCGGACAGCCGAAACCGGCCACCGGUUUUGGUGCAUUUGGAGGCGGUACGUCUGCGUUUGGCGGAACUGGAGGUGGCGCUUUUGGUUCGGGCACAACUGGUACAGGGCCCUCUGGCACGGGCGGUGGGAUGUUUGGCACUCAACCGUCGACCAUCACUGGAGGUGCUUUCGGAAACACUAGUGCGUUUGGUGGCAAUAAGCCUGCCACUGGUUUCGGAUCCACUGCUCCGGUAUUAGGGUCUAUGGACGGUGUUGCGCCUGUGACGACAGGCACAGCGAACCCACCUUACAUCGUCCAUAAUGAGAAAGAUCCAGCUCUCCCGAGCGCAACACUCCAAUACCAAAGUAUCACAUGCAUGCCCCAAUAUAGUCGGUCUUCAUUCGAGGAACUUCGUGUGCAAGAUUAUCAACAAGGGCGGAAGACUGCAGGAGCAUUUGGCCAGUCCUCGUUUACUCAACCAACAACAGGACUCUUUGGGCAGUCAGCCCAAAAUCAGCCCGCGGCGAAUCCUAUGUUUGGCAAUUUCGGAUCCACCCCUACCGCUGGCCCUUCGAAUACUGGCACUACUGGUGGUGGAUUUGCAGCUUUCGCUCAACCCCAGAACCAAGGAAAUACCGGGGGAGGUCUUUUCGGUGGUAGCACUUUCGGUCAGCAGAACCAGCCACAGAAUCAGCCUCAGCAACCGUCUGCUUUUGGUGCAUUCGGACAGACACAGACGCAGCCUCAGCAGCAGCAGCAGCAGCAGCAGCAGCAGCCAGGAGCAGGGCUGUUUGGAAACACAUUUGGCGCCAACCAACAACAGAAGUCCGCAUUCGGCGGCAGCACAUUUGGCUCAGGAGGCGGUGCGUUUGGAAGCGGGAGUACCUUUGGUCAGCCUCAGAACCAACAGCAAGGCGGUGGUCUGUUCAGUCAGCCUCAACAACCCCAGCAGCCCGGAGGCGCAUUCAAUGCCUUCGGUCAAGGUAUGAACGCGCCGAAACCUCCAUUAUUUGCGACAACACAGCAGAGCCAGCCAUCCGCCUUUGGUGCAUUCGGGCAACAACAAGGUCAGACUGGCCAGCAGCAACAAGGCACUCAACCAACUGGUGGCCUCUUUGGAUCGGGAGGAUUGUUUGGACAGACAAAUCAGCAGCAGCAAGGGCAGCAGCAGCAGCAAGGGCAACAGCAGCAACAACCGACUGGUUCCUUGUUUGGCCAACCUGCUCAGCAGCAAACCGGUGGGCUGUUCGGUAACACAGGUGGUGGUGGCGGACUGUUUGGCAACCUUGGCCAACAAGGUCAACAACAGCAGCAGCAGCCUGCAUCCAACCCGAACGCCUUCGGUCUGUUCGGUGGCCCUAAACCUGCUACAACCACCACACAACCAACAACUGGCGGACUUUUCGGAAGCGCCUUUGGACAACCAUCCUCAACCACGAACACCUUUACUCAGCCCACGACAGGCCUCUUUGGUACCGCCCUUGGUCAGCAACCAGGGACGCAAGCGCCGAGUUCCUUCUUUGCGAAGCCUGCGGCUCCAGCUCUGGGCAUGUCGCAGUCCACAGGAGCACAGGGAGGUCUCUUUGGCAGUAAUCUUGGCGCUUCCACCGGUACCCUAGGAGCGUCUGCCCUGGGGCCAAGUGCACAGGGCUCGCUCACUGCGUCAAUCGCACAGCCUAUUGGUUCCAAUCUCCCAAUCUUCAGCAUGCUGCCUCCUGGCCCGCGCGCUGUCGACAUGGAGCAGCCGAAGAAAAGAGGAAAUUACUUUGUAGAUGUGCCCACUCGACCCACCGGCCCGCGCCUGCAAUUGACUUAUUCUCCUGCAGGCGCGAAGCUUCGUGGGUUUGGAUCGACGUCUGGCACGCCGGGUCCUGGCGGGAGUGUCAACAACAGCAGUUUAAUAUUCUCGACGAACAAGCCGAACGCGCUGUCGCUGACGAAGUCGACGAACGCGCAGAGCGUUAUCGGAUCAGACUCGUUCUUGAGUGGAGGCGGACCCAUCCCAAUGUUGGGCAGCAACUCGCGGCAGAACGUGAAGAAGCUGGUUCUGGACAAGAAAACUGCGGCGAACGACUUGUUCAGCAAGACUCCUCAAUUCAGCCCCGCGUUGAGCAUCGCUGCACGGGAAAAAGAAGCGGUUACUGCUGCGGCCACCGCCGCGGCGGCGUCAACUCACAUGCGUGCCCCCGAGUCACCUACUCCUGCGCGGGCACAACCUACACGACCACUUAAUCGCUUCUCGGCGCAAGGCACCCAGGAUAUCUUUGAUAUUCCGAACGCCGAGAAGAGUGCACCUGAACCGGCGGCUGAGCCGGAGCGAGGGCCGACAGAACUGCAGGAAGGUGACUACUGGGUAGAGCCACCUUUGGAGACCUUGAAGAAGCUUGGCUACGAUGAUUUGGUGGCGUUCAAGGGCCUUGUCGUCGGGCGUGUAGGCUAUGGUGAAAUCACGUUCCUCGACCCCGUGGACCUCACGAAUGUUCCGAAGCUGGCUGGCUUACUCGGGGAGGUGGUACGCUUCGACGACAAGGAGUGCAGUGUCUACCCCGACAGCGACGAUACGGAGAAACCACCAGCAGGGUCGGGCCUAAACGUGAGGGCGAGGAUCGAGCUUGUGCGGUGCUGGGCAUUGGACAAGGCGACGCGAGAGCCGAUCAAGGACGAAAAACAUCCUAUGGCGGUGCGUCAUUCGAAGAGAUUGAAGAACAUGAAACAUACCCAUUUCGAGAGCUUUGACAUCGAGGAGGGGAAAUGGACGUUCACGGUGGACCACUUUUAG